AGAAGCUAGAAACAAAACGGGUGUCAUGAAGUCAUUUUUAUUGCGUUUAUUACCGCGUUUCUUUUUAAUCGUGUACGCACUACAGCCUACUAACAUACAUAACACUCAUUCUACGUGGCGUGGACGAUUUGUCGCCACGUCACUUCGAUGCUACCCGGGCUAGCUUAGCUCGCUAGCUGCUAAACAAAACGAAGCGGAAGUGAUCGACGCGUCGCUAAGUGUGCGUGUAAAGUGUGAAAAUGUGCAAAUUAGAAAUGCUGAGAAUGUUGGUGAAGCAGCGACUAACUGCUGCUGUGGAAGAAAUAUUUGUAGUGUUAGAAAGAACGAUAGCAGAAUACGAGGAGGAACUUUCUAGAACAAAAGAGGAGAACGAGCGACAACGUCAACUACUGGACGCUCUUUUCAACAAACAUCAACAAGCAGUCAGUGGAGAACAUCUUCCUCCUGAGCGGCAGGAGUGGAGCUCCUGGGUGGAGCAGGAGGAGCCACAGCCCCCCCACUUCAAAGAGGAACAAGAGGAUGACAGCAUCAGUCUGGAAGGAGAGCGUCUUGAAGGACUGGAGGAAUUGCCGGUGAUUCGUGUUGUCGUCAAGAGUGAAGAUGAUGAGGUCAAAGGUGAAAGUGAGGUGAAGGGAGAGGCGGAGCCUCCAAGCAGCAGCUCAACUCAACACGUGACAACAGAAGGUGAUGGUGGAGGAUCACAAGCAGACUUAGCUCCACUGUCCGAUGGUGACCACACAACAUCACACCCUGCUGACACCGAUGAGGAAGACUAUAAAGCUGCUCAGACACGUCACGCUGACAACACACACUUGAAAUGCUCUCAGUGUGACAAAACUUUUGGCGACAAGUCAUCUUUGACAAGACACGUGAGGAUCCACUCAGGAGAAAAACCAUUUAAUUGCGCAGUUUGUAGCAAAAGCUUCAAACUGAAGGAGACUUUGAUCAGGCACACGAGGAUACACACCGGUGAAAAACCAUUUGGCUGCUCAGUUUGCGGCAAAAGCUUCUCUGUGAGGGGAAAUUUUAUAACGCACACCAGAACGCACACGGGAGAAAAACCAUACGCGUGCUCAUUCUGCAACACGGGUUUCCGUGCUCGUCCGGCGUUGGUCAAACACUUGAGAACGCACACCGGGGAGAAACCUUUCAUCUGUGCAGUUUGCGGCGAAAGAUUCUCUCAAAAGGAGACAUUAAAUAGACAUUCAAGAACGCACUCUGGGGAGAAACCUUUUACCUGCUUAAUAUGCGGUAAAACCUUCUCCAUAAAAGGACAACUGAUAGCACACACCAGAACACACACAGGAGAGAAACCUUUCACCUGCACAUUCUGCGGCAAGACAUUCUCUCUUAAGGGAAAUUUAAUCCGACACACAAGAACGCACACGGGAGAGAAGCCCUUUUCCUGCCCGGUCUGCAACAAAAGUUUUACCGAUGGCUCGGGAUUGAUUAUUCACAGGAGAACGCACACGGGAGAAAAACCUUUUCCCUGCUCGGUUUGCGGUCAAAGAUUUGCCAUCAAAGGACAUUUGAUAACACACACAAGAACACACACUGGGGAAAAACCGUUUUCCUGCUUGGUGUGCAACACAGAUUUUAGUUCUCAUUCAGGACUGGCUCAACACAUGCACAAACACAGCUGAGAGGACUGAAGGGCAAUUAUCGCCAUCUUGUACGCACACUACAACCCCUGCAAGUGUGCAUUGUGUGUCCACUUUCAUAAACACGUGUGUACACACAUGUUGAAGACAACGCCAUCACUCAGAUGGUCUAUGAUACAUUUUUAGACAAUGACAAUUUCAUUCAAUUCUGCAUGCAGGAAUUUAAUUAGCUGGUGGAAAGUAAAUGUUUGCAGUCUAAGACGUUUAUAAACCUCCAGCAUGUGCUUCAAUACUGCAUUUACUUGUGUUCAUCAUGUGCAACAUGGUCAAGUAUUCCCUCAUCGAUGUCUUAGGACAUGUCGUACAUUUCUCACCGUAUCGUCCCACAGUGUACCCCUCUCUCCAAGCUAGAAAUAGUCACAAAUGUUUUAACACCAAAUAUUUAUUGUUCGUGUGAGUCAAGUAAAUUCUUCAAAUGUCUGAUCAAAUAUAUUUGCGAUUGAUUUGAACAAAGCAAGGGUGUCUGUCAGGUUCAAACACUGAUGACGUCUAUUAAUCAGACAAGAAGCAAGGAAUCAUGCAGAGACAGAGUUCAAUUUAGCUCAUGAGGAGAACGCAUGGAGCUGCGCACUUAGUUACAGUUUCGCCCUACACUCUUAAGGUUCAGCUCCCGCGUCCCUCUUUUUAUUCAGAGUUCCAUAGACAACAUCACUGAGGCCGCCUCUUAAAGGAGUGGUCACAUAUAUUAUGCAAAGCAGGUUCAGGACGCACAGUACGUGACGGAAUGUGCUGGAGGCCUUGUGAUAUCGCCUUGUCCCCGCUUCGUCUGC